CGUAUUAGUACAAUGCCUACCAAUAAUUAGAUCUAUGGCAAACCACACUUUUUCUUCCUUAGUAAUAGCUAAAACACACUUUUUCCUUCGUAAUAAUUGAUCUUUCUCUUUUCUUGCAUGCUUUACUUUUGGAGAUGAAGUCAAACAAGGAGAAUGAUGACAAGACUUUUAUUGUUUGCAAAUUAUCUCAUGCAUAAUUAUUAGGAAACAAGAUGACACCAUCUCACUCCCAAGAUCUGAGAGAGCUACUCUGUCUUCUUUAUCAUAGUUUUCGACUCUCUGUUCAGAGUUGAUGCCUUGUAUUCACGAUAGCAUAUAUCUGCACAUGCCUCCAGAGGACCAUGGCAAUCUCCGAUGGCGAGGAUUACUAGUGUGGCAGGAAGGCAGAGGAACAACAAUCAGCAGCAGAGCAUUAUUGCCAGAAACAUCCAUGUCCAUGCCCUGCAUUUGCGAUAGCAGAUAUCUUCGCAUGCCUGUGGUGGAGCAUGGCAAUCUCCGAUGCACUUGUCGUAACACUCCAGGUGAGGAUUAUUGGCGUGGCAGGAAGGCAGAGGAGCAGCAAUCAGCAGCAAAGCCACCAUUACUGCCAGAAACACCUUCAUGCUGAAUUCCACCGAUGCUUUCUCUGCGAUUCAAUUCAAUGGUUGGAUGCUUUCUAGUUUUUGCUUAAUCAAUCGCAACCGUGCAUCCUUUUAUAGUGUGAUCAAAUUCGAACCUAAGGAAACAGAUCAGCUAUGACUACUUUAAACUGCAAUCCAGUAUUUAAUGAGCCUUUGUUUGUUAUCACUCAAUUGAAUGAGCCUUUUGCAGUCAUCCGGAUAUGGUACAUUGACUCUAAGAGAAGAAAAUGAUAUGUUGCAU